UUGUUGUGUGUUUCUUUAGUUGGGUGCAUAAACCUUUUCUUUUUGCACCAUGCUUUUUCAAAAUUUCUAUCAUGGCUUUUGACAUACUUCACUCAUAUUGAAUCUCAUGGCUUUUGACAUACUUCACUCAUUGAAUCUCCGAUUGACUAGAAUAAACCGUCACUAACCCUUUCUCCAACUUCACCUCUACCGACGCCACAAUAAAUACUAACCCCCAAAUUUCACAUGCAAGCAUCUCAAAUAUUUAACCGUUACAAUCAGGAUAUGGAGAACCGUUUGUGUGCUUGGGUUCGAGUGCAGAGAACGACGCCGUUUAGUGGGCAAUGGAUGUUUCUGCUAUGGUACCCCAACUGUGCACCAAGACCAACGUGGAAUUGCAUUUCUCCAAACUCUCAUGGAUGGUGCCCAUCGAUUUCAAAGCAAUGGAAAACUUGGUUAUUGCUGCUCAUGUAACUUUGUUAUCUUCUGUUACGAUAAAUCCGUAUGCUAUGUUUGGAUAAAACAAUAAACUUAAUUAAACAUAAAUGCUUACUCAAUUACUCAUUAGUCCUUCUAGCAACUAGGGUUUUGACUAUAUUAACCCAAAGAAAAACCUUAAACCCUCAAACUACUCAUUCUUUUCAAUCAAACGGCACUCAAACCUCAAAAAAAAAAACCAAACCUUGAUCAUCCCCAUUAUGUUUUCUCUUAAUAUUCUCGUCUAGCUCAUCCUGAUUUCUCGUUUUUCAUUCCCCCAUAAUUCUUGAUUGAUUGUUCUCCACCUCAGUGUUUUGCAUUGAUCGUUUCAUUAUUUCAUCAACAUUGCAUGUCCCUGUUUCGUUCUUCAUACAAGUUUUGAAUUCAGUUCUAAAAUUGUUCUGAACGUUGAUCUCAUUGAUCAAGUAUAAUCAAAUCAAAAGACUCAAAAUUUCACUCAAUUUGAUCAUUUUUUUUUUCGGUUUUGUCACUAGCCAUGAGUUAUUGGGACAACAUUCCAACGUUUAAGAUGUCACCACCGCAAUUCUCAUCAUCCAGCCGCGGCGAUAUCAUUGAGGUCAGGCCUCAAUUCCCGAUGAGCAAUCAAGGCUUUGAACACAAUCAACGCUUUGAACCGCAUUCUGCUUCGGAUCAUUUGAAUUCCUUCAAAAGGCCAAGAAUGUCUGACAACAGCCAUUCCAAUGCACUGAUGGGCCCUCCACCAAACAGACCUACAGGCAACAUUUUCUUCAAGACCCGCAUUUGUACCAAGUUCGGGUUUGGUAGCUGUAGAAACGGUGAAACUUGUAGCUUUGCUCAUGGGGUUGAAGAGAUAAGGCAGCCACCACCAAACUGGCAGGAGCUUGUCCGUCCUCGCACUGAAGAACAGCCGCAAUUGGGCGGGAAUUGGAAUGAUGAUCAGAAAAUCAUUCACAAAAUGAAGCUUUGCAAGAAGUAUUACAAUGGUGAGGAAUGUCCUUAUGGUGAUAAGUGUAACUUUCUUCAUGAGGAUCCUGCUAAGUUUAGGGACGACUCUUGGAAAACAAGAGAGUCCUCUGCAAUCAGCAUUGGUUUCCCAAAGUCUUUUGGGGAUGGUUCUAAUAGUUUGGAAAGCAAUAGGGCUGGGACUAAGCCAGCAAGGGGUACUUGUUGGAAGACUAAGAUGUGUCUCAAGUGGAUGAAUACCGGUAGCUGUCCCUUUCGCGAUGGCUGUCACUUUGCUCAUGGAGAUGCAGAGUUACUAGUUCCCGGUGGAGGCAUUGAAGCUGAAGCUGCAGUUGCAAUGACAAAUUCACCAAAAGCUGUCAUUCCAACUUUACCAACAACAGCCUUGUCAGGUUCUGCCCAUGAUGCACUACCAGCAAGUGUACCUUCGGUAACGGAAGAGGAGAAGAAGAUCAAGAAGGAAUUACUCUGGAAGAAAUUAAACAAGAUGAACCAUAUUUAUGGCGAUUGGAUUGAUGAUUUACCUCUUGAUCGUCCUGAUUUGUCAAGGGAGCCCUGAGUUGGAUUUCGUGCUCUUUGAAACAGCCCACAUCUGGAUAAGGAUUCUUCUCCGCUGGCAAAUCAUUUUGGAAACAUGGUCAUUGGCGAUGGUAAUUAGUACAUUUUUAUAGUCACGGACGCGUGCGUUGUAUUUGUCAGUUUGAGGGGUGUUUCGAUGAAUUCAGCAACUUUUUGUGGGAUUCUAGGUUGGGUGAACAUGGGUCAAAUUUCUGAACCAAAAUCCAUAUUUUAAAUAGUUUACUACAUUCAUAUGUGAAAAUGUGAUUAGCAUAUCUGUGUUUUUUAUAUAUAAUAUGUGGUUAAGUGAACUAUGUUUAAUUAAAAGCAACUCUACCACCAAUUCAGAGUGUAAUUCUGGCUCACAAUACGGUGAAUGGAGUUUAUUUCAUGUUAGCUAAACAAAUUAUGUAUUCUGAGGUUGCGGCUUCUUGUUCUGAGAAAGCAAGUGAUGUACAUGUUAAGAUGUUUUUGAA